UAUCCAAGAAAGAACUUUACUUUUCCUCUCGUUUCUGGCGGGAAGAGAGAGAGAGAGAGAGAGAGAGAGAGAGGAGUGAGAGUAGUGUAGGAGGGUGUUGUAGAGUGUGGGCGAUUGGCGACGCAGAGACAAAGCCAUACAACCCAAUGGGAUCGGAGGUUGCUUUACCCAAAUGGGCAUCUGAGCCUUGCAUCAUGGGCAUCGACGAAGCCGGACGCGGUCCUGUUCUAGGACCCAUGGUGUACGGAUGCUUGUACUGUGCUGUCUCGUACCAGAAGACUCUUUCUUCUUUGAACUUUGCAGAUUCUAAAACUCUGAAAGAAGAAAAGAGGGAAGAAUUAUUUGAGAAUUUGAAGGCUGAAGAAUCUGUUGGAUGGGAAGUUGAUGUCAUUGAUCCGAGGGAGCUCUCGGCUAAAAUGUUGAAGAAGAAUAAGAUAAACCUUAAUGAAAUUUCACAUGAUUCUGCAAUGGGCCUUGUCAAAAGGGUACUGAACAUGGGAGUUCUUCUAACCGAGGUUUAUGUGGACACUGUGGGAGAUCCAGAAAAGUAUCAAAUUAAAUUGUCCGAAAGGUUCCCACAUAUCAAAUUUGUUGUUGCAAAGAAAGCUGAUAGUCUUUAUCCGGUUGUAAGUGGAGCAAGCAUCGUCGCAAAGGUAACAAGAGACCGAGCUGUGAGGGAUUGGGUGCUUGAUGAAACUGCUGAAAACAUGCAUCGGAACUUCGGCUCAGGUUACCCUGCAGAUCCUGCAACAAAGUCUUGGUUAGAACAUCACAAACAUCAUGUAUUUGGGUUCCCAACAUUGGUCCGGUUCAGUUGGGGCACUUGCACUCCUUACUUCAAAGACAUUGUCGAAGUGCUGUGGGAAUCUGAUAAAACCGAUGAAGGGGGUUCCUCUACUGGAAGCAGCAAGCGGCAAUUGAAGUUGAGCAGUGUUGGUUUCACUGGAGUGAAGCGAAAAAGUGAAGAAAUUGAAUCCAGCGGCAAAGGACGCUGCAAAUUUUUCCAUGCUCGUAAACUUGAGCAAGUCACUCAUUUCUAAGGACAACUUUGGAAUUGUAUACUAUUUCCAAAUGAUUGAUUAUUUGCAUCUUGUAUUUGACAAACCUGUAUUCUAUCGGAUUGUUUAUUCUGAUUGAGAUUCAAAAGACAAGUCAGCGAAUGAGCCGAUGUGGCAUAGCGAAUGAGACGAUGUGGGCAUUGAAGAGAUUAUUCUCAAUUUUGCUCGAGUUCUAUUCG